CUCCCAUCUUCUCCACGUGGCCAGGGACAAUCGGAGAAGUCCCAACUCUGAGACCAAAGCUCUAGGAAAGGCUAAAGACAAUUAGCUCCAGAUCUCCCGGAGGAGGGCGAAUCAUGCUGGAACACGUCUUUCGGUGGUCGUUACAGCAGAUACAGUGGCUUAGAAGUUCCUUUGCAAUAAUAAUAAAUGCAGUUAUGAAAUAUGCUGGACCAGGAAGGAGCAUUUGUGAGAGUACCGAGGAACCAGAGCUGCGCAUCAUCCUUGUCGGGAAGACAGGAACAGGGAAAAGCGCAACGGGAAACACCAUCCUUGGGGAAGAGCAUUUUGACUCCAGGUUCGAAUUCACCCCAGUGACACAGACGUGCCAGACGGGUGUCAGAGAAUGGAAGGGGAAGCGAAUUGUUGUGAUCGACACACCACCGAUCUUCAGUUCUGGUUCCUCACUGGAUGCCCCUGAGAUUGUCAGGUGCCGCGAUCUCUCCCAGCCAGGCCCCCACGCUCUGGUGCUGGUGACCCAAAUGGGUCGUUUCACCGAGGAAGACUAUCAGUCGGCAGAGCAGGUGAAGAAGAUCUUUGGCAAAGAGGCCCGUGAAUACAUGAUUGUCGUGUUUACCCGCAGAGAAGAUUUGCGCAGUGAAAGUCUGGAAGAAUACGUAGAAAAGACAGGCAACAAGCACCUCCAGCGAGUGAUGAGUGAAUGCAGCAGCCGAUACUGUGGUCUGAACAACAGCGAAACAAGAGAAGUGCGGGGAAGACAAGCUGAGGAGCUGCUCGGGAAGAUUGAGGGGAUGGUGCAGAAGAAUCAAGGCAGGCCCUACCGUGCUGUGUAACUGGAG